GCGGAGGAGCCGGGGCUGGCGCCGAGCGGGGCGCGGAACGCGGAGCGCGGAGCGCGGAGAGCGCCGCCCGGCACUGAGCAGAGCUCCAGGCGCCGAAAGGAAGCUGCAGAGCCCGGCCCGGGGGCGAUUGGCCCGCAGCGCCCCCGGGUCUGUCCCCGGGGCGCCAUGGCCCUACCGCGGCCGGGCGCACCCGCGGGGCCCUGGGCUCGCUGGCUUGCGCGCAGCUGAGCGGGGUGUAGGUUGGAAGGGCCAGGGCCCCCCGGGGCGCAAGUGGGGGCCGGCGCCAUGGAACCCCCGACCGUCCCCUCGGAAAGGAGCCUGUCUCUGUCACUGCCCGGGCCCCGGGAGGGCCAGGCCACCCUGAAGCCUCCCCCCCAGCACCUGUGGCGGCAGCCUCGGACCCCCAUCCGUAUCCAGCAGCGCGGCUACUCCGACAGCGCGGAGCGCGCCGAGCCGGAGCGGCAGCCGCACCGGCCCAUAGAGCGCGCCGAUGCCAUGGACACCAGCGACCGGCCCGGCCUGCGCACGACCCGCAUGUCCUGGCCCUCGUCCUUCCAUGGCACUGGCACCGGCAGCGGCGGCGCGGGCGGAGGCAGCAGCAGGCGCUUCGAGGCAGAGAAUGGGCCGACACCAUCUCCUGGCCGCAGCCCUCUGGACUCGCAGGCGAGCCCAGGACUCGUGCUGCACGCCGGGGCGGCCACCAGCCAGCGCCGGGAGUCCUUCCUGUACCGCUCAGACAGCGACUAUGACAUGUCACCCAAGACCAUGUCCCGGAACUCAUCGGUCACCAGCGAGGCGCACGCUGAAGACCUCAUCGUAACACCAUUUGCUCAGGUGCUGGCCAGCCUCCGGAGCGUCCGUAGCAACUUCUCACUCCUGACCAAUGUGCCCGUUCCCAGUAACAAGUAAGUGAAGGCUGGGCUGCAACAGCUGUGAUCAUAAGGUGAAGCAUAUGCGGGUUCUGCUCUCAGCCCUGCUGUGUGACCUCUGGCAGGCAGGUGACCUCUCUGAACCUCUGUUCAGACAACAGCUCCCAGAGAGCCAGAGAGCCAUUGCAGGUUCAAGUGCCUAAGACACAGAGGUGUUUUUUGUUUGUUUGUUUGUUUUUUGUUUUUUGUUUGUUUGUUUGUUUUGAGAUCAAGUCUCACUCUGUCACACAGGCUGGAGUGCAGUAGUGCUAUCUUGGCUCACUGCCACCUCUGCCUCCCGGGUUCAAGCAAUUCUCCUGCCUCAGCCUCCCGGGUAGCUGGGAUUACCGGCAUGCACCACCACACUGGGCUAAUUUUUGUAUUUUUAGUAGAGAUGGGGUUUCACCAUGUUGGCCAGGCUGGUCUCAAACUCCUGACCUUUGGUGAUCCACCCGCCUCAGCCUCCCAAAGUGCUAGGAUUACAGGUGUGAGCCUCUGCGCCCGGCCCAGAGGUUUUUAUAAAUAAAGAUUUAGGGGUCUGGAUGCAUGGUGGUGAGGCCACAGCCACAGUCCCCAGGCCCACCCUGGGUCUUGACACCAAGUUGCUGGGCAAAUGGCAUUCCAUGGUGCUUCUGUUGCCCUUCUGCAAAGUGAUGAUCACAGCCAAGCGUGCUGGCUCAUGCCUGUAAUCCAGCACUUUGGGAGGCCAAGGCAGGAGGUCACUUGAAUUCAGGAGUUCAGGACCAGCCCAGGGGAAACAAAAUGAGACCCUGUCUCUAAAAUAAAUAAAUAAAUAAAUAAAUUAGCCCAGCAUGGUGGCAUGUGUCUGUGGUUCCCACCUACACAGAAGGCUAAGGCAGGAGGAUAGUUUUGAGCCCAGGAGGUUGAGGCUGCAGUGAGCUGUGUUGCCACCACUGCACUCCAGCCUGGGUGACAGAGCAAGACCCUGGUUCAAAAAAUAAAUAGAUAAAUAAAGUGAGGAUUACAAUAAUGCCUCCCUUAGAUAACUGCUGUGAGGAGAGGAGAUGAUGUCUAGAAAGUGCUAGAAUAUUGCCCUGCGUACAUAGGAGUGGAUCUUAAUUGUUUUAGGGCAAGAGAUGUGGCUGAGAGCUGCCAGUCCUUCUGGGGGUGGGGGAUAGAGACAUCCUUAGGGGCUUGGAGGAUUUGUGGAGAGUUAGGCAAGAGAGCAGAGAUCUUGGAAGCCCAGGACCUGACCUUAAGGCGGAUCAGCCACGUGGUCUUCAAGAAGCUGUUUCACCUCCUUGAGCCUCAGUUUCCACAUCUAUAAAAUGGAUUUUUCUGGGACUCAUUGAGGCUGCAGGCAGAGUACAUGGCAGCGUCCUUAGGACACGGCGGUCCCCGCUGGGCGGCCCCACCCCUGUCUGCAAGGCCACGCUGUCAGAAGAAACGUGUCAGCAGUUGGCCCGGGAGACUCUGGAGGAGCUGGACUGGUGUCUGGAGCAGCUGGAGACCAUGCAGACCUAUCGCUCUGUCAGCGAGAUGGCCUCGCACAAGUUCAAGAGGAUGUUGAACCGUGAGCUCACACACCUGUCAGAAAUGAGCAGGUCCGGAAACCAGGUCUCAGAGUACAUUUCCACAACAUUCCUGGACAAACAGAAUGAAGUGGAGAUCCCAUCACCCACGAUGAAGGAACGAGAAAAACAGCAAGCGCCGCGACCAAGACCCUCCCAGCCGCCCCCGCCCCCUGUACCACACUUACAGCCCAUGUCCCAAAUCACAGGGGUGAAAAAGUUGAUGCAUAGUAACAGCCUGAACAACUCUAACAUUCCCCGAUUUGGGGUGAAGACCGAUCAAGAAGAGCUCCUGGCCCAAGAACUGGAGAACCUGAACAAGUGGGGCCUGAACAUCUUUUGCGUGUCGGAUUACGCUGGAGGCCGCUCACUCACCUGCAUCAUGUACAUGAUAUUCCAGGAGCGGGACCUGCUGAAGAAAUUCCGCAUCCCUGUGGACACGAUGGUGACAUACAUGCUGACGCUGGAGGAUCACUACCACGCUGACGUGGCCUACCAUAACAGCCUGCACGCAGCUGACGUGCUGCAGUCCACCCACGUACUGCUGGCCACGCCUGCACUAGAUGCAGUGUUCACGGACCUGGAGAUUCUCGCCGCCCUCUUCGCGGCUGCCAUCCACGAUGUGGAUCACCCUGGGGUCUCCAACCAGUUCCUCAUCAACACCAAUUCGGAGCUGGCGCUCAUGUACAACGAUGAGUCGGUGCUCGAGAAUCACCACCUGGCCGUGGGCUUCAAGCUGCUGCAGGAGGACAACUGCGACAUCUUCCAGAACCUCAGCAAGCGCCAGCGGCAGAGCCUACGCAAGAUGGUCAUCGACAUGGUGCUGGCCACGGACAUGUCCAAGCACAUGACCCUCCUGGCUGACCUGAAGACCAUGGUGGAGACCAAGAAAGUGACCAGCUCAGGGGUCCUCCUGCUGGAUAACUACUCCGACCGCAUCCAGGUCCUCCGGAACAUGGUGCACUGUGCAGACCUCAGCAACCCCACCAAGCCGCUGGAGCUGUACCGCCAGUGGACAGACCGCAUCAUGGCCGAGUUCUUCCAGCAGGGUGACCGAGAGCGUGAGCGUGGCAUGGAAAUCAGCCCCAUGUGUGACAAGCACACUGCCUCCGUGGAGAAGUCUCAGGUGGGUUUUAUUGACUACAUUGUGCACCCAUUGUGGGAGACCUGGGCGGACCUUGUCCACCCAGAUGCCCAGGAGAUCUUGGACACUUUGGAGGACAACCGGGACUGGUACUACAGCGCCAUCCGGCAGAGCCCAUCUCCGCCACCCGAGGAGGAGUCAAGGGGGCCAGGCCACCCACCCCCGCCUGACAAGUUCCAGUUUGAGCUGACGCUGGAGGAGGAAGAGGAGGAAGAAAUAUCAAUGGCCCAGAUACCGUGCACAGCCCAAGAGGCAUUGACUGCGCAGGGAUUGUCAGGAGCCGAGGAAGCUCUGGAUGCAACCAUAGCCUGGGAGGCAUCCCCGGCCCAGGAGUCAUUGGAAGUUAUGGCACAGGAAGCAUCCCUGGAGGCCGAGCUGGAGGAAGUGUAUUUGACACAGCAGGCACAGUCCACAGGCAGUGCACCUGUGGCUCAGGAUGAGUUCUCGUCCCAGGAGGAAUUCGUGGUUGCUGUAAGCCACAGCAGCCCCUCUGCCCUGGCUCUUCAAAGCCCCCUUCUCCCUGCUUGGAGGACCCUGUCAGUUUCAGAGCAUGCCCCGGGCCUCCCGGGCCUCCCCUCCACGGCGGCCGAGGUGGAGGCCCAACGAGAGCACCAGGCUGCCAAGAGGGCUUGCAGUGCCUGCGCAGGGACAUUUGGGGAGGACACAUCCGCACUCCCAGCUCCUGGUGGCGGGGGGUCAGGUGGAGACCCUACCUGAUCCCCAGACCUCUGUCCCUGUUCCCCUCCACUCCUCCCCUCACUCCCCUGCUCCCCCGACCACCUCCUCCUCUGCCUCAAAGACUCUUGUCCCUCCUGAGAAAAAAGAAAACGAAAAGUGGGUUUUUUUUUUUCUCUUUUCUUUUUUUCCCCUUUCCCCCUGCCCCCACCCACGGGGCCUUUUUUUGGAGGUGGGGGCUGGGGAAUGAGGGGCUGAGGUCCCGGAAGGGAUUUUAUUUUUUUGAAUUUUAAUUGUAACAUUUUUAGAAAAAGAACAAAAAAAGAAAAAAAAAAAAAGAAAGAAACACAGCAACUGUAGAUGCUCCUGUUCCUGGUUCCCGCUUUCCACUUCCAAACCCCUCCCCUCACCUUCCCCCACUGCCCCCCAAGUUCCAGGCUCAGUCUUCCAGCUGCCUGGGGAGUCUCUACCUGGGCCCAAGCAGGUGUGGGGCCUCCUUCUGGGCUUUUCUUCUGAAUUUAGAGGAUUUCUAGAACGUGGUCAGGAAUAGCCAUUCUAGGCGGGGCUGGGGCCAGGGUGGGGGGCAGUCCCUGUGGGAGGUCCCAGCUCCAGCCCCCCUCUGGUUUGCUGCCUCCUCUCCCCUCUAAAAAAGUCUUCCGCUUGAUUUUGCACAAUCCCGGCGAUACUCCUGGCGAUACUGACUAGAAAGUCAGGGAGCUGGGGGAGCUGUUCACUUUAGGAUACGGGGGUGGUAUGGAAGGGAGCGUUCACACCGCCAGCCUCGGGCCUGGGAUUUGAGGAGGGCCCUAGACCUCCUCCACUCUCCAUCCCCUUUCCCUUCCACUUUGGGUUCACUUUGAAUUUUCUCAGUUUUUUGGGGCGGUGGCUCUGAUCCACUCACCCCCUGCCCCCCGCCCCACUUCUAGCUGCUUCUCCUCUUGUUUCUGCCUUAAUAAUUCCCACGGCCGCAGGCAAGGGGGUUGCAGUGGCCGCCUGCACCUUGGAUGAGGCAGGGCCAGGCGCCCAGAACCCCCAUCCUGGCCGCACCCCCGUUUCCAGGGUCCUCCGGACCCCACCUUCCACACUCUGAUCACAGCCCCCCUACCUUUUGCCCUAGGAGGAAGCAAUAAUGGUGUAUACCCUCAUUCUCAUUCCUGGGCAACCCUUCCACCCUGGCACCAAAAUAAUUUCUCCUCCAUCCGUACCUUGCCGAGCCUCUCCCUCUCCCCCAGCUAGUCCCUGAGCAAUACGGCAGACAGAUGCAAGACCAUUUUUCUCCAAGCCAUGGGGGACUGUUUGGAAGGAAAGCCCCCUCUCUCCCUCCUCCCCUCGCCCUCGGCCUGGUUCUGCAGCUGGACCGACCUCAUUCAUCGCCUGCCCCCUACCCAAUUCUGAGCACACGGUACUGUAGCCCCCAGUUCCUCCCUAGCCUUCCAUCCCUCUGUCCACCCCAGGGGGAGGUAACCCCGCACUCACACUCCCUUGAUGCUGUCUGUACAGGGUUCAUGUUUUGUACCGAAAGUCGUUUUUGUCCCAGCCGGCGAUCGGAGUGGGCCUUUUCUUUCUUUUUGUUCAUUCUUUACCUUUUUUUCUUUUCUUUCUUUCUUUUUUGUACAUACUGUAAGGUUGGUUUGUAAAUUAUUCUACGGAGGCGAAAAGGGAAAAUAAAAACUUGCCCUUCCCUGGCUGACCCAGUCGGGAAGGUAGGGAAGGAGGUCUCCCGUUGGGAGAGUCUCUGUUCCUGCUGUAUUAUACAAACUGUACCAUAGUCCUGGGAAAAGGGUGGACUCACCGCUGUUGUUUUAUGGGAAGUCGUGUCAUCCUAGGGGUUGGGGCUGGGCAGAGCCUGUCCCCUCCCCCUUCUCCAGGAGCCAGGGGGUGACUGGAGAGACAGACCCACCCCCAAGCAGGGCUCCUCUCCCCAGGGUGGGCACAGGACCUCUGUAAGCUGCUUGUGUAUUGUCCACUUUGACGAUCAGUCAUUCGGUCCGUUGAUCAAUAAUCCUUCGAUCUUGUCUCCAAUUAAACCGAGGCUUUCACCGAU